UUGGCUUUGGCUAUUAAUUUGUAGUCUUAGUGGAGUCACAUGUGAGCAUUUUGUAGCUCAGGCACACUCUCAAUUUGCAGCACCUGGUGUAGGGGGGAAUGGCUCAAGGGGGGGGAUUGUGGUGAGAGAAAUGGUAACUGCAUGUAGGAUUGGUGUUUGGUCAGAGGAUAUGUAAGCUUAUUGCAAGAAGCAUGAGGGCAUGGAGAUAGUUGCUCUGCUGUAAGCUUUGUUUGCAGCCUCCAAAGCUAAAAUGAAUAUUCUUUUAAUGAAGAAUCAAAACAGUUGUAUUUUCUGAGCCACCAGAAGCAACAUUCUCUCCCAGCUCCUUGGGCCUUGGCUCUAUACAACACUGCUUAGCAGCAACUAUAAACAUUGGUGUGUUAUCAACGUUAUUUUUCUCCUUGAACUAAAACAUAGCAUUAUACCAGGCACUCUGAAGAAAACAAUUCUGUCCCAGCUGAAAUGAAGACAAAAGUGAAAGAAGGGAAGGAGUUAAGGAGGUGAAGACUUUGCCAUGUGUUCUCACAUGGGGCAAUGUCCAGUUUAGCCCUGUUGGCAUUCCCAAGCUGGUCUCUCUGUGGCUCUCCAAGCAGCGAGCCCACCAGGACAAGGCUGAGCAGUGAAAUCUGGGGCUCAAUGAGUAGUUGCCUCUGAUCCUGCCUGACAAGAGGGGAGGAGAGAAGAAAAAAGUAAAGACAAUCCCCGGAACAGUGACUCAGCAUUCUUUACACUGUUAAGCUUUGAACUUUGAACACAGCUUUUGCACCUUUCGUGUGUUCUGUGUUCCCCAUCAGAACGCACCUUCACGUCCUUUUUUCAGCCUGACGUAAGUCGCUCCAUGAGCAUGAUGAGAGGAAAAAACAACGCAGAGGGUGAAGAAGGAGCUGGGAGAAUGAAGAGUGAGAGUCAGGGGCAGAGCAAUGCCACGGGAGAGGUCAGGAGGGGCCAGGUGAUCUUUGCUGCAUACCUGAUAGUAACCGUGGAGCUGACCUUGCUGUUCAUGCAGUUUGGAGUUGUGCCUUACUUGGCAAAGAGCCUCGGUUUGGACUCGGUGUGGUUUGGGUACCUCCAGACAACCUUCGGUGUCCUCCAGCUUGUGGGAAGUCCCAUUUUUGGAAGGCUUGCAGAUCAGUUUGGUAGCCGAGCUGCCUUAACUCUCUCCUGUGCAUCUGCGAGUGCAUUCUUCCUGCUCCUGUCCAUCUCCACCAGCGUCCCCAUCCUCUUCCUCUCCAGGCUGCCAUCAGUGUUCAUGCAUGGACUGCCAGGUGCUCAGAAGGUCAUUACAGACCUGACGGCUCCUUCUGAACGUGCUGCUGCCUUGGGGAAGCUGGGUCUUUGCUUUGGAAUAGGAAUUAUCAGCGGCUCUACCCUGGGAGGGAUCCUCUCCACUAAAUUCGGCCUUUUUGCUCCCAUGUAUUUGGGGCUGGUGGGAAGUCUUAUAAAUACCAUGAUAUCAAUAGUUUGGAUCCCUUCUACAACUAAGACAAAGUCAGAACAUCGUAAGACAGAACGCAGCAGUGUAUUCAACAUCAGAGAAAUCCUACGUGUGAUGAAGUUUCCGGGAGUAAUGGAAAUCUUCUUAGUCAAGGUCAUUUCUGGAUUUCCCAUAGGUUUGUUCCUGAUUAUGUUUUCCAUCAUCUCGAUUGAGUUCUUUGGAUUGGAAGCAGUGGAGUCUGGAUACCUGAUGGCAUAUUUUGGUGUCCUUCAAAUGGUUGUCCAAGGCUUGGUGGUUGGAAAACUCACGAGCCAUUACACAGAGCAGACCCUGCUCAGGUUCAGCAUCCUUGUCUUCGCCGGCGUGGGGCUGGGCAUGGCCCUGAUGAGGACCGUAUGGCAUUACUGCAUCAUCGUGGUGCCGCUGGUGUUUUCCUUCAACAUGCUGGGCACCAUCACUGACAGCAUGCUCACCAAGGCUGUGCCCUCCUCUGACACCGGGGCCAUGCUGGGUAUCUGCGCCUCGGUCCAGCCCUUGACGAGGACAGUGGGCCCAACCAUCAGCGGCAUCCUGUACAAGCGGUUUGGAGUCUCCUCCUUUGGCUACUUGCAGCUCAUUGUCAAUGAAUAAAGCAAGCAAUGUUUUUGUGUGUCCUCUGGCAUUCUUGUGCUGGAGGCACAACCCUACACUGAGCCCCUCCUGCUCACUGCAGGCUGCUCAUAACUAAAUACCUUGCAGCUGCCUCCAUUAUAAAGUCCCAGGCAAGAAUUAACUGAUAGCAGAGGGAAGAAGUUACCUAAAGGGGGUUACCAAGCUGGGAGCAUUUGCAGAGAGCACUUUGCAGCCCUGAAUGCCAAUGGAGCCGAGCACUGACGGAUGCUCUCGAGGGAGUACAGGUUGGUUAGCAGGCACUGAGCCUCAUGAGACGAAACUUCAACAGGUUGUGUUCCCCUUUCCAAAAGAGCACCGCUUCUUGGACUGCGGGACAAGAGCACCUCACUCCUUCCCAGGCACUUUGUUUUAUGUAGAGCUGGGGGCAAACGCCAGCAGGCAGAACACGGUAUAGUUGCGGCGAGUUCUUGUGCCAUCUUUAGCUGCCGUUACUCAAUUACCUGAGAAAACACUCCAAAAAAGCCCUGACCAACCACAUGGGAGGCUCCUGUAUUCCCUCACUGGCCAGAACUGGCCCUCAAUGCACUUUUCCUCCAUGCUCUCCCCUGCAGAGGGAUUACCAGGAGCUUCUUCACCCCACAGCCCCAUCCAAGCCCCCAAAGUGGUGAUCCCACCACUGCCUUACAGCCAACGCACCACAAACAGCACCCACAAAGCCACUGCACCACCGCGUGUAGUAAUAAAAAGUGAACCUUUCAAGUAA